AUGAAAGCAAUGGGAGAAAUGGAGGAAGGUGAUGCUGUGUUUGGCUCUAACGCUGAAGUAGUGAACCUUGAUUCCGAGUGGCGUGACAAGUACCGGCCAAGAAAACCAAAGUAUGUCAACAGAGUUCACACGAGUUACGAGUGGAAUAAGUAUAACCAAACGCACUAUGAUCACGAGAACCCGCCUCCAAAAGUGAGAAAGAUGGGACAAGCGAUGGAAACAUGUAUCAUCCGGUUCCAAGCUGGUCCGCCUUAUGAAGACAUUGCCUUCCGGGUUGUGAAUAAAGAGUGGGAUCGUUCUCGUAAGAACGGUUUCAAACACACGUUCGAUGGUGGGAUUCUGCAUUUGUACUUCAACUUUAAACGUCAUUGGUACAGGCGAUAA